AAACCUUAAAAAUUUAAAGGGAGGAUCAGAGAAAACAAAAGAAUCGGAGGGUCUAUUGGCGAAGAAUGGUUUUGCUCUACGAACGCUUCAACGGCAUAAUUUGCCGGCCAUCAAAACCUAAAAAAUGCUUCUAUCUGUUUGCCUCCUCCGAUCUCUCUCUCGAUUCCCUAUUUUUUCUCCAUUUUCAAUGGCGUAUUGAAGAACAAGAAAGAAUUAAGAGGAAGCACAAGAAGAAGUAUUAUUGGCAUUAGAGGACGGGUUGUGUUUUGAUCAGAAGGACGGUCCUCAGGUGAAAGAUCUGAGGCUUUUUUUUUUUUUAAACUUCAUUUUAUAUUAUUAAUUAAAAAAAUCAGCAAUCUCCACAUAAAAAACGAAAGAAAAUAAAAAUAAAAAGAAAUGAGCGCUUCGAGGUUUAUCAAGUGCGUUACUGUCGGUGAUGGUGCCGUUGGUAAAACUUGCCUCUUGAUAUCUUACACCAGCAACACCUUCCCUACGGAUUAUGUGCCAACUGUGUUCGACAAUUUCAGCGCAAAUGUGGUCGUCAAUGGGAGCACUGUUAACCUGGGUUUGUGGGAUACUGCUGGGCAAGAGGAUUACAAUAGAUUAAGACCUCUAAGUUACCGUGGAGCUGAUGUUUUCAUUCUGGCUUUCUCUCUCAUUAGCAAGGCCAGUUAUGAAAAUGUAUCUAAGAAGUGGAUUCCAGAGUUGAAACAUUAUGCACCUGGGGUUCCAAUUGUUCUUGUUGGAACCAAGCUUGAUCUCCGGGAUGAUAAGCAGUUCUUCAUAGACCACCCUGGUGCUGUACCCAUCACUGCAGCUCAGGGAGAGGAACUGAGGAAGCUGAUUAAUGCACCUGCUUACAUUGAAUGCAGUUCGAAAACACAGGAGAAUAUCAAGGGAGUUUUUGAUGCAGCUAUCAGAGUUGUUCUUCAGCCACCCAAGACGAAAAAAAAGAAGAAUAAAGCGCAAAGAGCCUGUUCCAUAUUGUGAUUGAAAUGAGGAAGUUGCCUCUUUGCGUACCAUAUUCCCCAUUUUUCCUUCUCAUUGCUGUUAAAAAGAAGCUCAAUUAUUGUCCCAACAGAUAAAUUAGGAUCUCUGUGAAGACUCGGGUGGUUUGCUAUUGCUUUCUUGGAUUAUUGCGGAUGUGUAAUUGUUGAAUUCAGUUGUGCAAUGGCCCACCUCCUUCUCUUAUCUCCCGAUUUUGAUAUGUUUUAUGCAUUAAUUGACUGGAAUAUCCCAGUUAGGAAAACAACCUUGCCUUGCAUAGAUUAUAUCUAUUAGCGUAUCAUUUCAAGGGCUUGGCAGUGUUGUGCUCUCAAUUUCAUGCUCAGUUUAUCAGCAGCUUGCUAGUUUCCGAUACAAAUUGUAGGAUCCUUCCUUCAGAAUCUUUUUAUUUUUGUCACUAUUCAUAAUUUUUUUGCUUGGUGCAAAUAAAUAGUUGAAAACUAUUUUGGUUGAA